UUUCAUUGGUUUAUUAGUCUAUUCAAACAUAGAUCAGAUUACUUAUUUCAAUGGUGUUGGCGGCGAGACUAACUCGAGUUGUGAAUCCGUUUGUGGCUAGUACCCAAUCGACAUUUGUAAGAGGUAGGAACUAGGUGGAUGGGGUGAUGGUGGUAAAUGAGGUGAUAAUUUGGUGAAGAAAAUAAGUCGAGAAUGUAUGGUCUUUAAAGUCAAUUUUGAAAAGGCGUAAGACUCAAUGGAUUGGGGGGGUUCGCAUCUGCAAUAUGCAGAUAAUACGCUUUGAGCCGACAAGGCUUCUAGUGAUAACCUGUGGACUUUGAAGGUAAUUCUGAGAGGUUCUGAUAUGGUUUUUGAGUUGAAGGUCAAUUACUGAAAAAGUUGUUUAGUUGGAGUCAAUGUAUCACCUUUGUUCUUGCAGAUGGCUUGUACUUUUCUUAAUUGUAUGGAAGGAGCAGUUCCCUUUAAGUACCUUGAUCUCCCUGUUUGUGCAUAUUCUAGGAUUCCCACCACGUGGAAGCCUAUGUUAGAACAACUCCGGCGGAGACUUGGGGGUACAAGCGCAUUAGUCUCGGUGGUCGGAUAGUUCUUUUCAACUCAGUUCUGAACGUAAUUUCUAUUUUCUACAUGUCUUUUUUGAUGUUGGUUCAUGUUUGGAAGAAGAUGAUGCGGAUUCAGAGGGAGUUUUUAUAAGGAGGUGUCAGAGGCGGUAAGAAAAUAAAUUUGGUAAAGUGGGAGGUGGUGUGUCAAUCUAAAAGAAAUGGGGGGCAAGGGGUGAGAGAUGUGAGAGCGGUUAAUUUAAGCCUUCUGCCUAAGUGGAGAUGGAGGAUCCUUCAAAACGAGGUUCGCUUUGGAAGGGUGGCUUAAUUGUGAAGUAUGGGGAUCAGAUUUUGAAUAGGGUGGAUUGGGGAACCGACUCAUCUCCGUAUUUUUGUCUAGACGGUGGAAAGAUAUUUCGGCUCUAGAUGUUCCAGAUGGCAACAAUUGGUCAGACGUGUUUUUGGUUAGACCGGUGGAUCAGCAACGGCCCUCUUUGUGAGAGCUUUGCGUGGCUUGUUGGUAUUUCAGAGCAAAAAUAUGCUAAGGUGAGGGAUAUGGGGGUUAUGGAAGGUGGAGUUUGGAGAUGGGUUUUCAAUUGACGGAGGAGGUUGUUUGAGUAGAUUUACUAGUUCACCUAGUAGCUCUAUUGUCUAAGUCUUUUCUGUCUUUGGAGGAGGACAAGUGGGUUUGGGGUCCUGAUGAUGGUGACUCUUUUACAGAUAAAUCUGCUUAUUCUGUGAUUGCUAAGGUGUUUAUGAAUGAGGUAAACCUUGAUGUGUUGAAUAGUUGUGUGUUUCGUCAUGUUUGAAAAAGUUCAGCACCGACAAAGACUAUUGCUUUCUCUUGAAAGCUCCUUCAUAAUAGGAUUCCCACGAGAAGUGAUUUAGCUCAGCGUGGGGUUAUUCCUUCAUAAUAGACUGUUUCUGGAAACGCUAAUUCACCUCUUUUUGUUUUGUAAUUUUGCCUCGCAAGUGCGGUAUGAAGUGUUCCAGUGGCUUGGUUUGGUUUUGGUUAUUCCCCCGAAUUUAUUUAUUUUGUUCGACUAUCUAAGUGGGGCUGCGAGUUAUAAGAAAAUUUUGAAGGGUUUUUGGAUGAUUUGGCAUACAAUCAUUUGGGCUAUUUGGAAGGCUAGGAACGUAAUUGGGUAAUUUUUGAAAAUGGGAAGAAGGAACCAAAAGAGGUGGUGGAUGAUAUUAAAGUGUUUUCAUGGAGAUGGGGGGGGUUGGGUUGCUGAAAACUGUUGUAUUGUUUGUAUUACGAGUGGUGUUGGGAUCCUUGUAAUUGUUUGACAAGAUUUUAAUUUUGUUGAUUGUAUUCGGUUCCUGGUAGCUCUGCCUUGAUUUAGCAGAUGGGAAUUGUAGGAAAGAAUCUGAAUAUAGAAUUUGUGGUUUCAACUGGUGACAAUUUUUACGAUGAUGGCCUAAAAGGAGUUGAUGAUCCAGCAUUCUACGAGUCAUUUGUUGACAUCUACACUGCCCCAAGUCUGCAACAAAUAUGGUACAAUGUUUUGGGAAACCAUGACUACAGAGGUGAUGUUGAAGCACAAUUAAGCCCAAUUCUAAGACAAAAAGAUAACAGAUGGGUCUGCUUGAGAUCUUUUAUUCUUGAUACAGAUAAUGUGGAAUUUUUCUUUGUGGACACAACUCCAUUCGUAGAAGAGUACUUUACGGAUCCAGGAAAGCACACCUAUGAUUGGAAAGGUGUGCUUCCUCUUGAAUCUUACCGUGCAGAACUCUUGAAGGAAGUUGAUUCAGCUUUGGUGCAAUCCACGGCAAAAUGGAAGAUAGUGGUUGCUCAUCAUCCUAUCAAAUCUGCUGGGCCUCAUGGUAAUACCCAAGAGCUUGAGGAGCAGCUUCUUCCCAUCUUAAAGUCAAACAAUGUUGAUGCAUACAUCAAUGGACAUGACCAUUGCUUGGAACACAUAAUUGACAAAGAGAGUGGAAUUCAUUUUUUCACAAGUGGAGGCGGAUCAAAGGCAUGGGGGGGUGACAUCAAGCCAUGGGAUCCGAAAGAAUUGAAAUUGUAUCAUGAUGGGCAAGGAUUCGUGUCUAUGCAGAUAUCAAAAACCAAUGCUAGUAUUGUAUUCUACGAUGUUUUUGGCAAAGUUUUGCAUACGUGGAGCAUGUCAAAGAAACUUAAAGAAGCUGCAUAGUUGGAAUAAGCUCAAAAUAUGCGUAUACUGUUUAUUUUCUUCAGGUUAUAUUACCACAAAUAUUUCUGUCGUCCCAAAAAGAACUAUUCUUUCGUACUAAUAAGCUUACUAAUUUUUUGAUGAAAUGCAUAUCUUUGGUCUGAAUGAAUAUUGAAGUUACAAAUAAUAUCCUGUUGUUUCCUAGUCUGAAAUGACCAACUAUACUUUGUUUUUC